CUUGAUGCUGUCGCUAAGCGGGCCAAAGCAGCUGUUAGUUCAUUUACUAAAAAAGAGGGUGGCCAAGCCUCCGGUAGAGCAGCAGACAAGCCCCUUAAAUCUGAAAUACCACAGCAAGACCAUUCCUCAUUUUCAAAGGAACAAAGCGAUUUGAUCCCGCCUGUUCCACUGCUGGGGAAUGAAAGCUGUGAUGGAAAGAUACAGACAGCAAACUCAAAGAGGGAGAGGGACCAUGUUUGCUUCUCUGCCAUCGUCACCCCUCCACCUUUAACUAAUCUGUUGUCUAAGAAAGACACAAUGAUGGUAACACAGCUCGAUACCAGUAUGCUCAAUUCACAGACGGUGCCAGAAGCUACGCCCACCAAAGAUGAGUCUAUGCCAAAAGAAAAGCUCAAAGUCAGAGGUCCACCUCCACCUGUACCCAAAAAACCUAAAAAUGCAUUGAUAAAGCUCAAAACUGCACAAUUAAUGUCAACUGAUGUGCAAAGAAGAGUCAAAGAUCACCAGCCCACUGAGGAGAGGGUCAAGAGGAGACACACUUUUCAUUUUAACAAAGACUUUCCAAGCAGCAACCAACCAACUAAUCAGGACAUGUGCUUGCUGUGGGAUGAAAGAGGCGCUUACAUCUUGCCAACCAACAUACGAAGGCUCUCCGUUGAUGUUGGGCCAUAUGGUCAACAUCUUUCAAUCGGACACGUGGAUGAUAAGUAUCGAGACAUGAUCGACUAUGACUACUGUGUGCGCAUGGCAAACCUGUGUCCAGAUGAAGAGCUUCAAAACCUUGACAUGUCGCAGAGAAGAAUGUCCCUGGAGAGACGAUCUAGAUAUAAAAGCUCACCUCCUCCUGUUGCGAAAAAGGCCCAAAAUCCCUUUGCAUCCACACAGACUCUACACAUACCAGAGGUUGUGUCGGACAUUGGAGUCCAAAGACCGAGACCUGCUUGUUCGGGGAAAAGACAGAUCUACCCUGAGCCCCUGUCUGAGAGAGUCAACACUCAGGUCAGCAACGACAACCAUGCUAACUAUGGUUCCAGUAAAGAUGUGACUGGUCACAGGGAUGCGGGACAUGGCAGCGAGGUUGGUUCUUUCAAGCCUGUGGCAGAACUUAUCAAGGAAACAAAUCAAAUGCAGAGACAUCAGGGUCGGGUCAAACCUGAAGGGGCCAAAGUUGAGGUUCGAGUGGCAGAGCAGGGUCCAAGUGUGAAGGUAUCCGUAAUGAAGAAUGCCUUUGAUGUCCCAAAGAGAUCCAAGGAGAGACCGUCAGAAGUUCAACCACCGCCAAAGAAAGAUAUGUUGCGGCGAGUUGUGCGACAGAGCAAGUUCCGUCAUGUGUUCGGUCAGGCCGUGAGGAACGACCAGAGCUACGAUGACAUCCGCGUCUCCAGGGUCACAUGGGACAGCUCCUUCUGCGCCGUCAACCCCAAGUUCGUUGCCAUCAUCAUAGAGGCCAGCGGGGGAGGAGCCUUUCUCGUCCUCCCUCUACAAAAGACUGGCCGCAUAGACAAGGUCUACCCGACAGUAUGUGGUCACACGGGCCCAGUGUUGGACAUCGACUGGUGUCCUCAUAACGACCAUGUCAUCGCGAGCGGCUCGGAGGACUGCACCGUCAUGGUCUGGCAGAUCCCAGAGAACGGGCUGGAGACCCCCCUCUCAGAGCCUGUGGUCAUGUUGGAGGGCCACUCUAAGAGGGUCGGCAUCGUGUCCUGGCAUCCCACCGCUCGCAACGUUCUCCUCAGUGCAGGGUGUGACAACCAGAUCAUCGUCUGGAAUGUGGGCACAGGACAGGCCAUGAUCAAUCUGGAGGACAUGCACCCUGAUGUUAUCUUUAGUGUCAGCUGGAGCCGCAAUGGCAACCUGCUCUGCACCGCCUGCAAGGACAAGAAGGUCCGCGUCAUCGACCCCCGUAAACAAAAGAUUGUGGCAGAGAAGGACAAAGCCCACGAGGGAGCUCGACCAAUGAGAGCCAUUUUUUUAGCAGACGGAAACAUUUUCACCACCGGAUUCAGCCGCAUGAGCGAGCGCCAGCUAGCCCUGUGGAAAAGUGACAACAUGGAUGAGCCGAUAUGUGUUCAAGAGAUGGACACCAGUAACGGAGUUCUGCUGCCCUUCUAUGACCCCGACACCAACGUGGUCUACCUGUGUGGAAAGGGUGACAGCAGCAUUCGGUACUUUGAGAUCACAGACGAGGCGCCGUUUGUUCACUACCUCAGCACCUUUUCCACCAAGGAGCCCCAGAGGGGCAUGGGAUACAUGCCCAAACGAGGCCUGGACGUCAACAAGUGUGAAAUCGCAAGGUUUUACAAAUUACAUGAGAGAAAAUGUGAACCAAUCAUCAUGACCGUCCCACGUAAGUCGGACCUGUUCCAGGACGACCUGUACCCCGACACAGCCGGGCCCGACCCUGCCCUGGAGGCAGACGAGUGGUUCGCUGGCAAGAACGGUGGCCCCAUCCUCAUCUCGCUCAAAGACGGCUACGUCUCCGCAAAGAACCGCGAUCUAAAAGUGGUCAAGACGAACACCCUGGAGACCAAGGCAGCCACAAAAGCAGAGAACACCCCGACUGUCCAGAAGCACGUUACCCCAAAGCCCUCAGUGAAAAUGGAAGAUAAACUGGAAGAGGUGCUCCGAGAGUUCAAGUCACUCAGGGACCGUGUCAUCCUUCAAGACCGUCGAAUCGCCAGACUGGAAGAGCAGGUUGCCAAGGUUGCCAUGUAAGUCGCGGCCCCUUCCCGUUGUUUUGGAGAGAAUCGAAUGGACAGCGUCAGCCACGGCCAAAUUCACAAGAUUCGACUUCAUGCAGCUUGGCGUCGUCCCCGUGACGAGUCCAAGCCUACAUUCCAAAAUGAACUUUUAAUUUUCCCCAUCAAGCCUCCGGUUUCACACUUUGCCCCGACACACGCUGAGAAAAGGAAAAACUCUUACAGCUCAAGUACACAUCUGAAGAAAAGACAUUUUGGUUGAAGGAGAAGUCUUAACAUUUUUUUUGUUUUGUUUUGUUUUCAAUUUGUGGUAAAACAUUCUUAUGUGAAGUUUGUACUUACUACUCAACAACUGUAUGUAGCAUCAGUAUUUCCAUUGUUCAUUUUUUGUGUCGCCAAAUAUGACUCGUGUGCGGUUUCAUGCACUGCUUUUACAUCUAUGUUCUCUCCUGUUGUACAUUCCAGUCACAACCUGGUAGACUGAGUUAGUAAAGCUGGAUUUUUUUAUUUUAAACAAUAGCUGUUGAACUUUUUUCCCUCCUGCCAGUUUGCUCAUCGUUAACUAUCAGAUUUAUGAAUGUGGAAGAGUUCCUUCAAAACACAUUUGGUUCCUGUUCUUGGGAUUGAAAAAACAUUGGGUUUUAAAAGGGAGGGGGGUGGGGGUGGGGGUUUGCAUCUCUCUGGUGUAUAUGUUGUGCAAAUGUAGUGGUGCCUCUUGUCACUGUUAAGGGUUGAACUAAAGUCGCCCUCUCCGGUGCAUAUUUGGUGUUGGGAAGGGACCACUCACCCAGCUUGUGUUUCACCGAACCCCUGACAAACAGUUCUGUGCACAUAAUAAAGAUUUUACACAUGGAAACCUC